AUGGCUUCUUCUCUGGAGAUUGUUAAAUUUUGUGGCUCUCCUGUAUCGUUUUCCCGCGUUAAAUUGGAAUCUAGGAAAAGGGUUUUCAGAGUAGCCGAUUCGAGGAGCUGGCAUCGUCUUGGUAGAUGUGUUAGGGUUUAUUCAUCUUCCCUUAACGGUGGUGAUAAUCAGUCCAAAGGUGACGAACCUCCAGAAUCAUUAUUUAUGAAAGAACUCAAGAGACGAGGUAUGACUCCUACUUCGUUGCUUCAAGACUAUGAAGUGGAUGUAGACGAGAUCAAAUCCAGUAAAGAAAGUGCAAGUAGUAGCUCUAAAACGACUGCAACUACUCCGGCAUUCGAUCAAAGCUUGUUGAAUCAAAGAGAGAGAUCUUUGGCUUUAAACAGCGAAGGGCUUGAGGGAUUGAUUCCACGUGCUAAGGUCUUGCUGACAAUCGGAGGGACUUUCUUCUUGGGAUUUUGGCCGUUGAUAGUCUUAACUCUUGGCGCCUUCUCCGCCCUUUACCUCUACUUUGGAGCAGAUUUCAUUCAUGAUGGAAGCAGAACUCCGGUUUCACCACCACCGUACAUCGACCCAUAUGCUCUGUUGGAGGAUGAGAGGAUAUCAGGGAUCGAUCCUCGUGUAAAUUAG